UGCUGAGAACCGAAAAACUCGUCGCACGUGUGGUCCCGGCAGCGCUCAGCGAUCGAUGUGCCUUGCGUUCUGCUACUCUCCCUUGAUCCGUAGCGCUGAAAUCGGCCGAGCGUUCUUUCGCCUCUUGCCGGCUGUCCGAAAGCGUUUCGCGCCCCUCGCUCCCUCGCCGAGCCGCCUUACACCAGUUUUUGGCCCUCGCGGCCACCCGUACAAGGCGCUGCGGGCUAAGCAUCCCGGCGCUGCCGGUGACGUCAGGGUACCGUCCUGUCAAGUCCCUCCGCGCGCCAAAUUCGAACGCGGCGGCGGGCUGGGCGCGAGCGCGGCGGCGGAAGAGGCGACGGUUAUUUCCGUUACGGCCGUUACCGGUUCGCGCUGAGGCGGCAGCAUCCCCGUUCCUCGAGACAUAGGCCGGGAGCGGCUCUGUGCCUCCAUGGCCACUCCUCCCAAGCGUGGCAGGCUGGAGGGCAGCAUCAAGAAGAUUGCUGUCGAGGGCAACAUCGCUGCAGGGAAAUCAACAUUUGUGAAUAUUCUCAAACAAGCUGAUGAAGAAUGGGAAGUUGUUCCUGAGCCUGUAGCAAGAUGGUGCAAUGUUCAACAAAAUGCUGAAGAUGAUGGUGAGGAGCUGACUACGUCACAGAAAAGCGGUGGAAAUGUGCUUCGGAUGAUGUAUGAGAAACCAGAGCGGUGGUCUUUCACUUUCCAGACGUACGCGUGCCUCAGCAGGAUCCGGGCUCAGCUCAAAUCCCUCGAUGGGAAACUCCGAGAGGCAGAGAAUCCUGUGGUCUUCUUUGAGCGAUCUGUCUAUAGUGACAGAUACAUCUUUGCGGCUAACUUAUAUGAGUCUGAUUGCAUGAAUGAGACUGAAUGGACUAUUUACCAAGACUGGCAUGACUGGAUGAACAAGCAGUUCGGUCAAAGCCUAGCGCUGGAUGGGAUCAUUUAUCUCAGAGCUACUCCUGAGAAAUGUUUAAAUAGGAUUUACCUGCGUGGAAGAGAUGAAGAGCAAGAAAUUCCCAUUGAAUAUCUGGAGAAGCUUCACUACAAACAUGAAAGUUGGCUUCAGCAUAGAACGUUGCGAACUGAUUUUGAAUACCUGCAGGAAAUACCUAUUUUAACAUUAGAUGUUAACGAAGACUUCAAAGGCAAAAAGGACAGAUAUGAUCACAUGACUGAAAAGGUCAAGGAAUUUUUGAGCACGCUAUAAUCCUCUUUGAAGCAUAGGCAGAAUCAAACUGUUCCAAACAUCUGUGAGAUCAAAGUAUGAAGUACAGCUUCUGCUUUCAUAGAAGGCCUCUGGAGAGGCAGGACUCAACCCUGUUAAUUAAUUGUGAGGAUCAAACAAACUUUGUGUAGAGAAAUUAAUAAAUAAAUGAUUAGGUCUAUUCAGUAUUAUAUAAAAUAACACACACAAAAACUUGAAGGCACUAGAGUCCUGAGCGUUUCCAAAUACUACAUCUGUUUCUAAUCAGAGAAAUAAGUUCUAGGGUAUUCUGUUGUGUUUUUUUAUUUAUUUUGUUCUCAGUGUCUGUUUGAUUCCCCAUAAGGUAGUGGUUUUUCUAGAACUGUUGUUAAUUUCUUUAGUGGAUUUGAUUUGUUAUUGAUGUCUUAACAUUCUGAGGAAGAAAAAAGUAAAAACAAUUUUUGCUGGUGAAGGAAUUAAUAUAGCAUAGAGUUUUAUAUUUCAAGGUAUAAAAAUAUCAUCUGACAAUUUUGAUAGGUGAAGCACUUCUCAGAAUACACUGAAUUGAAACAAAAAGCGUAACAUCACUGAAAUUCUGUAGCUAUUAAAUAAGAUUUUUGUCUCUGAUGUUUUCAUGGUGCACUGCAAACUAGGAUAUUAAGAGACUUUCCAUUUUUUGGCAUGUUGCUUUUUGGCUUUUUGUUCGUUUCUUUUAUUUUUUACCUUUUAUGAUACUGAGCAGUUUUUGUUAGCUGGUAAGUCCUCUUUUCCUGUAGAUGAGUAUGUUCACUUGAUGGAUAUUGUAAAGGGAAGAGAAUUUUCCAAAUGGUCUUCAGCUCAAAAUGACAUGUUUCUAAACAGACUUAACUGCGUUUUGGAUGUCAGAGGUGGUUUCUUGCUUUCAUUCCAACUUCUCCAUUUGUUAACUCGGCCUUCCGGGUAUUUAUACGUGAUGCUGCAAUAUGCAGGGUAGGCUGUCCAUCUUCGUGUUGCAGUAGGAAGAGUAGAACUUUGUGGCGUGGCUGCUAUUCUAGUGUAUUGGUUAUUUCUUUUAACUAAGUCACUUUUGUUUCAGGUGCAGAAAUAUUAUAAACUAUACAGGGUAUGCAUCUUUCAAGUACUGUUUUUUUUGUGCUGUUUUGUUCUGCUUUAAACGUUUCUGAAGGAUUACACAGUUGGCUUUUGAAUGCAAAAUUGUAUUGUAAAACAUUUUAUUGUCUUCUGUGGUGCCUGUGAUAUCUGCUAAUUUGAGAUUAAAUUUCUUCCUUUGUGGUUGGAAUUGUGCUGGCAUCUAACUAUUAACUGAAAAAUAAAAAUGGAUAGAAAGAC